AUGUGUGGAGAAAGCGUAUUAUCAAAAUCUAAUAGCCCAAAAGCUACUUCUAGAGACCCAUCUAUGAGCUUUGACAAAUUUUUAGAGUAUCAUCUUGGUGAAGUCCCCUCUGAGCAACGUCAUGCGACAGGAUUCCAUUGCCCCAAAGAGGAGGAGAAAAGUGUGGUAGAGAAAGCUAAGGAAAAGAAGAGGAAGGCGAUUCCUAUUCACAGAGGGCUGAGGAAGCGUCCCUCUGGCAAAUGGGCUGCAGAGAUUAGAGACCCCAUCAAGGGAAUCAGAGUUUGGCUGGGAACUUACAACUCACCGGAGGAGGCUGUAAUGGUCUAUGAUCGUGAGGCUCAGAAGAUCAGAGCGAAAAAGGAGGCUGCAAUGGUCUAUGAUCGUGAAGCUCAGAAGAUCAGAGGGAAAAAGGCCAAGCUCAAUUUCCCUGCAGGUUCCAUUAUCACCGAUGACUCUACGAACAAGGUGAAUGUUUCUCUUCAGUCAGUGUCAAAUACAAGUGAAUCUUGUAGCUCCUGCGCUCAGAAUUGGAAAGAGGAAUCUGUUAAAAUUCCUCUUGCAAAUCAUAGCAAGGAAAGAGAGUUACCUAUUCCUGAAUUACCGGAACCGGCAGUAAUUGAGUAUGUGGAAGCUUUGGAGAGGAUGGUGGAAUUGAACCCUAAAACUACCAUCCAGAAGGGUUUCUCAGUGGGUGCUGAUUUCAAUAAUGGUGUGUUACGGUCUCAUGAAUCAGAAGUAUUAGGUUCGAGUCCGAAUUACAGGAAGAAAACCCAUGAGUUAUUGGGUGAAUCAUCAGCCUCUUUAGAUAGCGUUUUUGAAGAGGUAUAUGGUUACAGAAAUGAACUGGAAUCCCCCAUUUCAUUUGAUUGGGAAAUAGGUUUGUAUGAGUCCCCCGUGUUCUUGGCGAAGGCGGAUGGAAUUUCUACAGGAGGCCUACAUAAGAGUGUCAUGGCAUUCCUAAAGAGGAAGAUUCAACCUGAUGAGGCGUGGAUUGAACAAGAGGAAAGCCUAUGGACUUUCUGA